GGGGUAUUUAGGACUGCUCCAACCCAUCAGUACCUGCAGCUCUCUCCUCCAGCGUGGAUCUUGUCAGCUGUCUGUCCCAGCCCAAGCAAUGGGAGCACCACUGCUCCUCUUAGCCCUGACCCUAUUCCCAGUUGCAGCUGCAGAAAGCCUGGAACCUCACUACAUGGUGGUGUUCCCUGCUAUCAUUCAGCAGUCCCACGAGGAGAAGCUCUACAUUCACCUCAGCUCCCUAGCUGAGGCCGUCCACCUGGCCAUCACCUUGCAGACAGAAACCCAGAAUCACACCCUGGUGGAGCAGGAUGUGGAGAAGCCAGGCACUUUUCAGAGCAUCACCUUCCAGGUGCCAGACCUCAUGUUAAUUCCCAUGAAAAGAGAUUAUUCCAGGACACAGUCAGAGGAGGUGGCUUUUCUGCAUGUCCUUAUCCACAGUGGAGACAAUGUGCUCCUUGAGGGUCACAAGAAAGUUCUGGUCAAGCCCCAGAAGAAUAUAAUUCUGAUAGAGACAGACAAGGGCUUAUACAAACCUGGAGAAACAGUGAAAUUUCGAAUUGUGAACCUUGAUGAGAACCUUAAGGUCCUCAAAAAUGAGUAUUCCCAGAUAUGGCUACAGGAUCCUGAAUACAACCGUGUUGCUGAGUGGCUGAAUGUAAGGUCAAAUCAUGGCAUUGUGGAUCUGUCUUUCCCCCUGGCAUCUGAAGCAUCCCUUGGGAAAUAUACCAUCUCAGUGCAGCAGGGCAUGGCUCAAAAAACCUUCCGUGUUGAGGAAUAUGUGCUGAAAAAAUUUGAGAUGAAAAUUGAGCACCCUCCACAUAUCACUACAGCUGAUGAGGAAUUUCAGCUGGUUGUCUGUGGCAAGUAUACUUAUGGGAAGCCUGUUCAAGGGAAAGUAAACAUUACUGUUGUGACACCGUCCCAGGCCAUGGGAGACGGUAUUACAAGUUCAGCGAUUCAGAAGCAAAACAGCUGGACAAAUAAGGAUGGCUGCACUACUUUCACAAUGAAGACAGAAGCUCUGGAAAUAAAUGAAGCUGACAUACACAUAAUUGCAGUAGGAGAAAUGGUGGAAAACGGAACAGGAGCCCAUUCUAUGGAAACUGCUUUAAUUCCUGUUGCAACGACAAUGAAAUCUGUAGAGUUUAUCAACCUCCAUCCAUUCUACAAACGUGGGAUACCAUACACAGGGAAGAUGUUCUGCCACAGUGCAAAGUCUCCCCUCAGAAAUGUAACAAUCCAUCUAAUAGUUGACGUCAAUGAUGAGGAGACACAGCUGUCACUCCUCACAGAUGAGAACGGGGAAGCUCACUUCACACUGGAUACCACCAGCUGGAACAGCACGAUGGUUUCUCUGAGGGGUACCUACAACCCUCCAAGUGAUGACAGACCGUCUUUUGAGAUUGAAGGAGAGGACAGCUUCCACUGGCUGAAACCUUUCUACUCUGAGAGCAACAGCUUUCUUGAGAUCAAGGCCAAGGACGAUGUGAUGUCCUGUGAUCAAGAGCAGGAAGUGCAGGUGGAUUAUAUCCUUUCCCAGAAUAAAUUCAGCUCUGAAGAAGACCACAUUGAUUUCUACUACUUGGUGAUAGCAAAAGGCAAGAUCCUUUUCAGCAGAGCAAAGAAGGUGCCAAUUACCCAGCACAAGAAUCUGCAGGGCUCCUUCUCAUUGACUCUGCCUGUUGGCAAUGAGUUCCUGCCUGACAUCAAGCUUCUGGUGUAUGCCGUCUUCUCAGAUGGAGAGGUGGUGGCUGAUGUGGAGCAGUUUGAAGUAGAAAAGUGCUUCAGACAUAAGGUGGCACUGGAAUUCUCACACAAGGAGGAGGUCCCAGGAUCAAAAGUCAGACUGAACCUCAAGGCUGCCCCAGGGUCCUUGUGCUCUGUGCAAGCUGUUGACAAGAGUGUCCUCCUGAGGAAGAACCAAACCCUAACAGCAGACAGCCUGUAUGAGGAAAUCUUUGAGGACAGCUUCACAGUCGGAGGCCGAGGCUUGCCUUACCGCUUGGAAGACUUUGAGGCAUACCCUUGCCUGCCCCAGCAGCCCAGGCCCCACAAAAAGGCUUGGAUGGGUGCACCAUGGUACCAAAGUGAGGCUGAUGUCUAUAGCCUGUUUAAGAAACUGCGCAUGAAAAUAUUUACCAACACUAGAAUCAAGAAACCUGUUUCCUGUGUGCUUCCAGACUUUAAAAAAAAGAUAUAUCUAAAAAACCAGUCUAUUCAUGGCAGCCGAGGUACCCUUGCUGAUUCUAAACCUCGCUCCAAUGACAAGGAGAAGCCAAAACCACGGACGCUUUUCCCAGAGACCUGGAUUUGGGAUUUGGUCUCUGUUGGGGGCGAUGGACAAGCAUCUCUCCACGUUGCUGUACCUGACACCAUCACAGAAUGGAAUGCCAACACCUUCUGUGUUGCUGAUGCUGGCUUUGGUUUCUCACCUCUGACCUCUCUUAGAGUCUUCCAGCCAUUCUUUGUGGAUGUAUCACUGCCAUACUCUGUGAUCCAAGGAGAGACUUUCACUCUAAAAGCCACUGUCUUCAACUACCUCAAGGACUGUAUCCAGGUCCACACCACCCUCAUGGAGACCCCAGAACUGAAGGUGGAUGCCUGUCCAAGCUGCCAGUUCACCAGCUGCCUCUGUGCCAACAAAGCAGAAACCUUUGUGUGGAAAGUGACGGCAACCAAGCUGGGCAGAGUGAAUGUCACCGUGAGCAGCGUGGCAGAGGAGUCACACAGCCUCUGUGGUAACAGGACUGCUGUGACACCUUCACAAGGAGGGGGAGACACAGUGAUAAAAUCUCUGCUUGUGAAGCCAGGCGGUGUCCUACAAGAGAAGACCCAAAAUGCCUUUCUCUGUCCUGCAGAUAACACCAUCUCUGAAGAGUUCUCCCUGACUCUGCCUGCAGAAGUGCUGGAGGGAUCUGCCCGAGUCACGUUCUCUGUGAUUGGUGACAUCAUGGGUCCAGCACUUCAAAAUUUAGAUAGGCUGCUAAGCAUGCCCUUUGGCUGUGGUGAACAGAACAUGGUCCUGUUUGCACCAAACAUCUUCAUACUCCAGUACCUGAACAAGACUAAACAACUGAACCCAGAAAUUAAGGAUAAAGCAUUGACAUUUCUGACAACAGGUUACCAGCGUCAGCUGCUCUACAAACACGACGAUGGCUCCUACAGUGCCUUUGGGAAAGGGGAUGAGCAGGGCAACACGUGGCUGACAGCUUUUGUAGCCAGGUCCUUUGGACAGGCCAGCUCUCACAUUUACAUUGACAAGGAGCACGUGCACAGCGCUCUGCGCUGGCUGCAGAAGCAGCAGCUGCCCAGUGGCUGCUUCCAGAGUGUGGGGAAGCUCUUCAACAAUGACCUGAAGGGUGGUGUGGAUGAUACGAUCUCAUUAACAGCCUAUAUUGCUGCUGCACUGGUGGAACUCGAUCUGGAGAGGAAUGACACCAUGUUGGAUAAUGCCUUACACUGCCUCAAGAAGGUAACACUUGCUGAGACAAGCCUUUAUGUCAAGGCUUUGAUGGCUUAUGUCUUCACACUGAGUAAGGACAUGGAGAUGAGAAAGCAGCUCCUGGAUAUGAUAGAGAAGGCAACUGCACAGCUACUGACACCACAAUCUGAUGAUGAAAAGUCCUCUUCCACGAUUGAGACAGUAGCCUACAUCAUCCUGGCUCAUGUCUCCAAACCAGACUUGUCACACAGUGAAGCCUCCGUGAGCAAGCUUGUGCACUGGCUCAGUGGACAAAGAAAUGCCUUUGGAGGAUUUGCUUCCACACAGGACACGGUUGUCAGCCUGCAGGCCCUCGCUCAGUAGGUGCACAGGAACAACAAGCUGGUCCUGCAUCAGGCAUCUCUCCUUGCAGACACAGGGACCUACACAGUGCAAGCGACAGGCAGUGGCUGUGUUUACGUCCAGACUACUUUGUACUAUAACAUCCCACCACCAAAAACAGAAGAGGUCUUUGUCCUGGAUGUGGAAACAGUACCAAGAGAAUGUGAUGGUGUCAGGAAACAGUUUGACAUCCAUAUGUCUGUCAGAUAUGUAGGGGACCGUGGGACAAGUAACAUGGCCCUGGUGGAGGUGGAGAUGCUGUCAGGGUUCAUUCCUCUUCAGAGCUCUGUGAAAGAGCUGGAGAAGGUACCCCUCGUGAAAAAGACAGAAGUAAAACCAGACAAAAUCACAAUCUACUUGGAGGAGCUGGGUGAGAGUUCUCUGAAGCUUAACAUCUCAGUGGAACAAGAUGUUGAAGUGCAAAAUCUGAAAGCUGCAACAGUGCACAUCUAUGACUACUAUAAGCCAGAUGACCGCACGGCAAGAGAAUAUGCUUUCCCUUGCAGUUCAGAUGCCUCAAGGCAGGUUUCCUCCUAGUAUGCUCUGACUCUGCAACCUGAGUUUUCUGCCUUUAUAAGGAAAACAUUGCUUCAGCUCUCCUCUUCACUGCUGUGUUGGCAGCACCCUAUUUCAUUUGCCCUAUGUUUCUAUGUGAAAACUGGCUUAAUACACAUUAGUUUGGGAGAAAACAAAAUAAAGCAUGUGGAACCUGUAAAGAAGGCAGUGACUUGACAGCUGAUGAAGAUUUCAGCGCAUGAAAAAGAGGGAAACACUGUGCAUGUUAUGGAUACAUACUUUGCAUUUGGUCACCAUAAUGGUUUAAAUCUCUCUCCUCUCCAAGUCCCAUUUCUGAGCUCCUUUUUAAUUAUUAACUCAAUUAACACAAUAGUUGAUCUGCAACCAAACUCCAUGUGAAAAAAACCCCUCAUUUUUAACCAUGAUCUGGUUUACUAUCUGACCCUGUGAGUAAUUUUUCUGUCACAAUUGCAGGAGCAGGCAAGGGAGUGCUGAGGAAGAAAUACUUUACCAGUUCAUUCAGACAGAAAAGGCCUGUACAGCAAAGUCUUAUGAAGGGAGGGCAUGAAACCAAAAUAACACUCACUCCAAAUUCACUACAUGUUUAGACUCUGACAACACCUAGUCCCAUCCUGUCAAGACAUUAACCCAAAUGACUAAUCCUUACCUGUGGCACUACCUAAAAAAGACAACAAACUGAGGAAUUUCAGGAUGCAGCACAUGCAACAAGACAACAGAGUGUAUGCAGAUGGCUCAGCGGGAUAUGCAGUGCCAUCAGGAAGAUAGCACUCAUGAAAAGGGGGAUACUAGAUAAGAAAAAAUGGGAACUAGUUUUACAGGGCUGAUUGCCAAAAGAGAAAUUACCAGGACAGUCAUGCCAAAAAUUUGAAGUAACAAGGCCAGGGGCAAUGGAAAAGAAGUGAACAAGAUAAGCUGGGGAUUUGGGAAGCGAUGACAAAAAAGGGGAAAAAGGAACAUGAAUGAAGGAGGUGAUGUGACAAGGAUUGUUUGGGUUAUCCCUGUGUAGUAGCCAUUUGCCUGAUCAAUACAGUUUGCAAAAGGAGAGCAAAUACGUUUUUUUCUAUGACCAUUCAGAACAAUUGGUCCAUAAAGUGGGCAGAACCAGCCCUUCCACAAGGGGACAAAAAGAAAAGUCUCACUGCAGUGCUUAACAAGCAUUUAGGGGAGGAAGAAAAACUGAGGAACCAAGGGAUACAUUCUGUGGACAGCUGAUACAAAAAGUGGACAGGGUUGAGUUCAGGGAAGCAAAAAUAGGAAAGGACUCAUCAGGCCUUGCAAGGAUUGUUCCCCAGCACUGUCCCUUCCCGAGACAUUGUAGGAAUCAACAGAGACUGUUCAAUGAUGCUCUGCAAAGGGAGCAAAGCGAGACCUGUUGCCUGUCUUGGUUGCCUUCCUGGCAAGUCUCUUCCUCUAGAUAUUUGGUCUGGACUGGAAGAGCUUUGGGGUCAAAGCCCUCUGAUCUGUUGAACUUCAGAGAGGGAGGUUGUAAAUAAAACCUGAAGCCUGUAACCCAGCGAGCUCAUUGUGCCUGUAAGCCAGGCUCUCCCAUCUCUAAAUGGACAUGUGCCAAACUGCUUUACAGUUCAUUGGAUCAGAUUGCCAUGAAAUUAGAUCUUGACAAAAGCAGACCCACCAACAUUCUUCUGCUUCUGAUGAUAGGAUGUCUUGGUACCUUGUACCUGCCUGGGGUAGAUAAGUAAGAAAAACAAGUGUGUGAAAUAUGCAUACAAACAGAUAUUUCCAGGCUGUGGUUUCAAAUCAGAUAGAUGUUAUUCAGCUGCAGAGGAGGGGCUGAGGAAGCUGGCAAAGCAGAGAACUGAAAAAAAGCUGAUGUGCAGCAAGCUCUCAUAAGAUAGGAAUGUACAGUAGAAGUCAGUGAGGUGUUAGCCUCUUGAAUUAAAUAUUAGGGAAUGCAAUAAGUGGCUAGUUGUGCUGAAUGGGCAAUUUGAUGCUUGCUGAAUUCUGUGGCUGUUGAAAAGUGCUCCCUGUCCUUGGUGACAUCCAUAGGAAAUACCUUCCAGAGCGAGAAAGGAACCUUUGUAAAGUGUAAGCAAAGGAAGAGCUGGUGGCCAGGAGACCUCUUCCACCACCUCACUACAAGCAGCUGUGUGGGCCUUGAUUGCCCAAAUGGUCUGGAGGCAACUGGGAAAUUUUCUGCAGAGUUUUGCUGCUUUAAUCUGUAAAAAAAGAAGGUCCAGAAGAGCAUAGUACAGGCAGCAUCUUACAGGCAAUCUGGCCACCAGCAUCUCAGACAGCAAGGGAUUUUUCUGCAAAGAGAAGCUCUUAAAAGGAGUGGGAAGUAGGUCUCUUAAAAAGAGGACAACUGUAAGCCCACAGGGUGGCCCCAAAUGGAUUCUGACCGUGUUAGGCCACUAUUACAAAAAAUAAAUAUAUUAAAAAUUAUA